GCCUCUCUCGUCAUGACGGUCGUACCUCAAUGAAAGGAUUUUAUACUGGAAAACAAGGGGAACUGUGGUUCGUGUUACGUCCUCAUAACACAUGAGGGGAAUCUACGGCGUGAUAAUUUUUCAUAAUUGGCACUUUUGUGUUUGUCUGGCAGACUGGCAGUAAGUUUGCGAAAUCGUCGGAGCUUCAGGAUUCACUACGCCAAUAUCUAACGGAGUUACGUCGAUACUCUUUGGAAAGAAAACAUGUUUAGAUUGUGACAAGGUUGAAAUAUGGCCCAUCGGUCCCAGUGCUCCUCUGUGGGGGACAACCCCCUGGACCCCAACCAUCUGCCCCCUCACUACCGCGAGGAAUACCGAAUAGCUAUCGAUGCCCUCAUUGAAGCUGACUUAGAGGGCUACUAUGGAUUUCUACAGGGAGCAGAUGUAGUUGAUUUCUUAUCCCAUCCAGAGAUUGAGUAUAUCAAGUGCAUGGUACAGGCUCCGCAUCAACAGACAGUCCAACCAGAGAAGAGAUACAUGGCUGAAGAUGCAGAUGGCUCGUCUGACACUUACUGGCCGAUCCAUUCAGACCACGAUGCUCCAAGCCUGGACUUAGGCUGGCCACAACAGUACAGAUAUGUUGGACCGACGGAGGUCACUAUGCUGGUCAACCCAUGUAACCCUGAGACGGCUAGUAUUAAGGAGGAAGUCCGAAGAUUGAUCAAGGGUGCACAACAAGUUGUUGCCGUGGUGAUGGAUAUGUUUACAGAUGUUGACAUCUUUGCCGACAUCCUUGGCGCAGCGAUGCGUGGUGUAGCUGUUUAUAUUCUUCUUGAUGAACUGAAUGCUCACCAUUUUGUUGCAAUGGUGAACAACUGUAGGGUGAAUCUGGAUGAGAUAAAAUUCAUGCGAGUAAGAACUGUGUCUGGCAGUACCUAUUUCUGCCAGACAGGCAAGUCCUUCAAAGGCCAGAUGAUGGAUCGCUUCAUACUGGUAGACUCCAGGGCUGUUUUAAGUGGAAACUAUAGCUUCAUGUGGUCUUUUGAGAAGAUACAUCGCUGCCUAGCACAUCUGUUUCUUGGACAGCUUGUGACCACCUUUGAUGAAGAGUUUCGGAUUCUGUUUGCCCACUCAGAGCCACUAGUUGUUGAAAAUAUUUUGGCAAAUAUGCCACACUACAGCAGUGAACAAGGAAGUUACUAUAACACAGAUAAGACCCACAUGCUUAAGAGAGAAUAUCCAACUAUGGACAUGAAAUGGGCUGAAUAUUCUGCAGAGGGUCAUAUGAAUGCUGGUCACAAAAUGCUACCCUACAGGAGGGGUGAAUUCAUCCACACUGCAGUAGAGGAAAAUCCCUCUGUUCAGAGGCAGAUGAAUCUACAUGCCACUCAACAAUUUCAAGGGGACCAUCAACCUAUUGAGCAUAGAAGACAGAUAAGAGGACCAGCUGAAAUGACUAGCUUCAAAAGGCAUGGCUUUGCAGACUUACCUAAUUAUGAAUACAUUCCCCCCCAAAAUCAUGCCACAAUCAGAGGCAAGCAGUAUAAGGAGGGAGUAGUGACCCAGAGCACCCACUUUGCAAGGGAACCUUGUUUUUACCAGCAUGGAACUGGAUUACAGACAGGUUAUGACAUGUAUGGCAGGAUUAGAGGCCAAGGCUACCACGUAGAUCAAUUUUCAGGGUCUGGCUACUCUCUUGAAGGAGAUGAGGCUGGACCACCAGAUGCUUAUGAUCAUGUUCAAAGAUACUUGCAGUCUCACUCUCCUAUGGAGGAAGGACAAAGUGCCAGGAAUUUAAUGCCACCUGUGCAGUCCAAUCUCAGGAGACAUAUUAUGGGUAAGUCUUAUGCUUGUCAGACGUCCCCAACACAACAAAAUCUACUAGACCAGAAACGUGUCUUCAAUGUAAACCGCAAACCACAGGAUGUGAGCCAAAAGCAGGGGCUGCGAAAUUGGAGGAUCAGCUCAUACCUUAGUACAUAUGAUGAUGCAGAAGAAGUGGAUUUGUCUGAACUUGAAGGAUCUGACUUGUGUAAUAACGUUCCAUGUUUUAUGCAGGAAGGGCCUUGUGACCCUGUAGGUGCUGAAAUUAGACCUGGUAACAUGGAGUGUAACAGGAUACCUUUAUCUGGGGAAAAUCACACAUUUCUUCAGAUUCAAAACACUUCCAAUUUGCCUGAUAAUUCAGUUAACUACCCAGCAGACUUAUCACGAAUAAAUAUGAAAACAACACCUACAACAACUUCAGAGUCAUCUUGCAACACCGAGGGUGACAAAGUGGAGGAGGCACAGUAUAGAGAACCUAAAGAAACCAAUCUGAUUAUUGAAGAGUUCCACAGGAGGAAACCCACCCGCACUGUCCCCAGGAGAUCUAGACUGAGAGACUCACUAAUAUUCAAAUCAAAUUUGGAGAUGAAUACUUCAGAGAUGAAAGAUAAUUCAGUAGAAAAAGAUGGAGACGAGAAAAGAAGAGCACCAUUUCAGUGGAGCAGUUUUGCAAGGUCAACCACAGUUGAAAACCCAUUCAUGAAGUCUGCACACUCUGAGGAAGUACUAAACAAAGUUGGUGCAAAUUCUAAGGAAGAUAUGGUUGAGAACUUCCAAAAUGUACAAAAAAAGACAAUAAAGGGGCCUCUGCAAGAGAAAGACCUGCCUGAACAAGUACAAUCAGAAGUUUUUGAAGGAAGGAGCCAAAGAGAUGAAUGGACAUCUAAUGUAUUUCAAAGGUCAGCGUCUAACAUAGACAUGAAUGAUCCUGACUGUAGACUGAGUUUUUUCAAAGAGUUAGCAGCCAAACGCAAAGCUGAACUUGCAGCAGCCAAAUCAUCUCUAAGCAAUACCGCCAAAUCCCCCAAAAAGUCUGAUGCACCCGAGAAACUCUCUACCAGUGACAUAGAUAAAAAGGCAGUGCCUGUUUUUAAGACCCCAACAACCCCAGUUAAGUUAAAAAAUGCCACUCUCACAGCACCUGAGAAACAAAAAACCCUUGAUGGCACUAAAUGUGAGGAAUCUAGUGAAGACAUCCCGCACAGAGCCACAGAUGCUGAAAAAAUUAGAUUGAAGAAAAAACUUGCAGAAGAGUCUGGCUUAAAUUCUUUUCUAGAAGACACCAGCCCAGUCCCUGUUAUGGAGACAAGCACAGUACAUAAAGCUAAAAAUCAGUCAACCCCCAUUUUAAAUGUCUGUACACAAAAGCAUGUAUGUGAUUUGUCUGCUGACCCCAUUGCAGCAAAAAGUGUUAAUUCCCCAAAACCCACUGCUGACUCUUUCAAACAGCAAAGUGCAAUGGGGGCAGAUUUUUCCCAACAGCCGAAUGCAACAGAAAGCGACUUUUCCCAACCCCCCACUGCAAUUGAGACAGGCUAUUUCCAACAGCCUACUGCAAUCGAAGAAAACUCUUCCCAACAUCCCACUGCAGCAGAAAGUGAAUCUUCCCAACAACCCACUGUAAUGAAGACAGACCACACUACAAUAGGAAAUGAACGUCCCCAACACCCCACUGUAGCAGAUUCAGGCUCUUCCAUAGAUUUGCCUACAAUGAUGGUAGACUCUUCCCAACAGCCCAAUGCAACAGACACAGACUCUUCACAUCACUCCACUGCAACAGACAUAGACUCUUCCCAGCACCCGAAUGCAACCAACACAGGCUCUUCCAAACAACCCUCUGACACAGAAGUAGACUCUUCACAACACCCCACUGAGACAGACAUAAACUCUUCCCAACACCCCAAUGCAACAGGGACUGCAUCUUCCCAGCACCCCAAUGCAACAGACACUUCCCAACUCCUCGCUGCAAAAGUUACAGUCUCUUCCCAACACCCCACUGCAACAGGCAACAGCUCUUCCCAGCACCCCGAUCCUGCAGACACAGACUCUUUUCAACCCCCCACUGCAAAUGUCACUGACCCUUUCCAACACCCUACAGCAACAAACACCAACUCAUGCCAGCACACCAAUGCAACAGACAAAGUCUCUUCCCAAAAGCCCACUGCAACAGACAUAGACUCUUACCAACACGCAAGUGUAACAGACACAGAGUCUUCCCAGCACCCCACUGGAACAAACACAGACGCUUCCCAACAGCCCACUGCAACAGACAUAGACUCUUCCCAACACCCCAGUGCAACAGACACAGAUGCUUCCCAGCCCACCAAUGCAAUAGACACUUCCCAACAGCCCACUGCAACAGACAUAGACUCUUCCCAACACCCCAGUGCAACAAAAACAGACACUUCACAACAGGCCACUGCAACAGACACAGACUUUUCCCAACACCCCACUGCAACAGACAUAAGCAUUUUCCAACAAUACAGUGCAACACACACAGACUCUACCCAACAAUGCACUGCAACAGGUAGUGAGUCUUCACAGCAACUGACCGCAACAAAUACAGACUCUUCCCAAAUCCCCACUGCAACAGACAUAGACUCUUCCCAACACCCCACUGCAACAGACGCUUCCCAGCACACCAAUGCAAUAGACACUUCCCAACAGCUCACUGCAACAGACACAGACGCUUCCCAGCACACCAAUGCAGUAGACACUUCCCAACAGCCCACUACAACAGACAUAGACUCUUACCAACACCCAAGUGUAACAGACACAGAUUCUUCCCAGUACCCCACUGCAACAAACACUGACUCUUCCCAACAGCCCACUGCAACAUACAGAGACUCUUCCCAUCACCCCACUGCAACAGACAUAGACUCUUUCAAACACCCCUCUGCAAAAGACACAGACUCUACCCAACACGCCACUGCAACAAACACAGAAUCUUCCCAACAAUGCACUGCAACAGGUAGUGAGUCUUCACAGCAACUGACUGCAACAAACACAGACUCUUCCCAAAUCCCCACUGCAACAGACAUAGACUCUUCCCAACACCACACUGCAACAGACACAGACGCUUCCCAGCACACCAAUGCAUUAGACACUUCCCAACAAUGCAGUUCAACAGACAUAAACUCUACCCAACCCCACACUGCAAUAGACACAGACUCUUCCCAGCACCCCACUGCAACAAACACUGACUCUUCCCAACAGCCCACUGCAAAAUACAGAGACUCUUCCCAGCACCCCAAUGCAACAGGAACAGACUCUUUCAAACACCCUUCUGCAAAAGACAUAGACUCUUCCCAACUCCCCACUGCAACAGACAUAAAACCUUCCCAGCACCCCACUGCAGCAAACACAGACACAUCACAGCAGGCCACUGCAACAGACACAGACUCUUCCCAACAUCCCACUGCAGCAAACACAGACACUUCACAGCAGGCCACUGCAACAGACACAGAUUCUACCCAACAUGCCACUGCAACAGACACAAAAUCUUCCCAACAAUGCACUGCAACAGGUAGUGAGUCUUCACAGCAACUGACUGCAACAAACACAGACACUUCCCAAAUCCCCACUGCAACAGACAUAGACUCUUCCCAACACCCCACUGCAACAGACACAGAUGCUUCCCAGCACACCAAUGCAAUAGACACUUCCCAACAGCCCACUGCAACAGACAUAGACUCUUACCCACAUGCAACAGGAACAGACUCUUUCAAACACCCCUCUGCAAAAGACACAGACUCUUCCCAACGCCCCACUGCAACAUACAUAAACCCUUCCCAGCACCCCAAUGCAACAAAAAAAGAGACUUCACAGCAGGCCACUGCAACAGACACAGACUUUUCACAACACCCCACUGCAACAGACACAGACUUUUCACAACACCCCUCUGCAACAGAGAUAAGCACUUCCCAACAAUGCAGUUCAACAGACACAAACUCUACCCAACCCCACACUGCAAUAGACACAGACUCUUCCCAACACCCCUCUGCAACAGACAUAAGCACUUCCCAACAAUGCAGUGCAACAGACACAAACUCUACCCAACCCCACACUGCAUCAGACACAGACUCUACCCAACACCCCACUGCAAUAGACACAGAAUCUUCCCAACAAUGCACUGCAUUAGGUAGUGUGUCUUCACAGCAACUGACUGCAACGAACACAGACUCUUCCCAAAUCCCCACUGCAACAGACAUAGACUCUUCUCAGCACCCCAAUGCAACAGGUGACAUAUUUCAGACAAGCUCAGUGUGCACUUCUAUACUUGAAACUAACUUAGAGAAAAAUCUCUUUACCCUAGUAGCUUGCACCACACAAAAUGCUGAAGUCAAAUCCCCUGAACAUUGUCCAGCAGAUGACAGUGAAUCACCUUAUAAAAUCAACUUGCCCAUUGACAUCACUUCAUCAGAAACAUGCCUAUCUCAAGAAACCAAUUCACUUAACAUCAAUGAGGAAAAAUACAUUAGCGUUUGUCAAGCCUUGAGCAAACAAGGACCCAUCCCAUCUACUAACAUUACUCAACCAGACAGCAGCAGAUCUGAAAGUGCAGUCAUCACAGACUUGGGUUCAUCAGCUGAACAUUCCCGAUCUGAUUUUUUGACACCUUGUGCUUCCCCAGAGAGCAGUUUGAAUCUUAAUUCUGAUAUAACCAAAUCCUGGAUGGAACUAAAUUCUUCCCCCAACAACACACAAGCACAAGCCAAAUCACCUAUAACUAAUGUGAGAAAAGAGACAAUCAGUUGUCAAAAUGACCCAAAACCUGAGAAUAACAAAGAUGAGUGUCAAAAUCACAAGACCAUUGAUGAGCAACCCUGGAGGCACGACUCUUCAGCUGAACCCGAGUACCAUGAGAAAGCUGCGGUUUCUCCAACUCUCGACCAUAUCCAGGGUGAUAGAACCAAAAAUACAAAUCCAGAGUUAGAAAACUCUGUGACAAACUUUGCAGAGGUGUUAGAAAAAUCUGAAUGUGACUUGGUUGAACACAGUGAUGCAGAAAAUCAAUCAGCUGUUACAGAGAAACCAAAAUCUGUUAUACCCACACAUCAGUCAUCUACCGCAAAUGUUCUUUCCUCCACCAACCUUAGAGAUGACUCUAAAGUUAUUUUAGAACAAAUUUCAGCAAAGAACCAAAGCAGAGCAUCCCAGUCCAAACAGACUCUUGAAACCAAAGCGGGUGAGGUUAGCUCUGCAGAUAAACAUUCAGGAAGGCCCUGGUCAUCCAGUGUUACACAAGAAGACCGGGCGAAUUUACUACAAAAGAUGGAGCAAUUGCGUAAAGAGAGAAGGGUCUACAGUCGUUUUGAGGCCUCAUGAAUUGGGACUAAACUUUUGGAAUAGUGGCUCCAGUAUGUGACGAUGAAAGGGAAGCUUUUUUGCUGUAUUUUCCUCCAGUCUUAGCUCAUUAUGUGAGCCUGCACUAACUUGGGUCAGAGAAUCUUACAACACGUG